AUCUUAUCGUAAAACUGGCAAAAGACAAGUUUGGAGCCAUUCAGACGGAAUAUCAAAAGGCCAUCUACUACGAGAUAGGCUUCCUCGUGUGUGCGGCGGUGGGCCUGCUGUUCACCGUUCUGUUGCCGUUAGUCGGCCUCUUCUUCUGCAUGUGCCGCUGCUGUGACAACUGCGGCGGCGAGAUGCACCAGCGCCAGAGGAAGAACGCAGACUGCCGGCGCGGCCUGCUGGGAACGCUGCUCUUCUCCACCUCACUGGUCAUCACGAUCGGCGUGCUGUGUGCGUACGCUGCCAAUCAGAACCUGAGCUCUCAGGUGAAGAACAUCCGCAGACUGGUCAACAGCAACAUGAGGGACUUGCACACGUUCACCAAUGACACACCCAUGCAAAUUGAUUACCUCAUAUCUCAGUACGCCACGGCCAAGAAGAAAGUCAUCUACGACCUGAAUCAUAUAGGCCCUCUACUGGGUGGAAGGAUACAUGAUCAGCUGGAUAAGGAGGUCCAUCCAGCCCUGGACAGAGUGCUCAACAUGGCCGGAGUGAAAAUCGAGAGAGCCAUCAAAGCCAUGCGAGAAACCAAGGAGGCCCUGGAGAACGUCAGCGUGUCUUUGGAGGUCCUCCAGGAGGGGACGGGGAAACUCAACUUCAACCUGAGCCUGGUCCGCACCAACAUCAACCGCACGCUCAACGACCCCGGCUGCCACGACGAGAGGUCAGACGCCACCACUGCCCAGCUGUGCCGCAACAUCCGCCAGUCGCUGUCCCAGCUGCAGAUCAGCGCCAACUUCACACGGCUGCCCCGUGUGAACACUCAGCUGGAAAAAGUGAACGACGUAUUGAGGACGGACCUCAGCACCAUCGUGCAGCGGGGCUUUUCCUCUCUGAAUGACACGCCUCAUAUGGUGAUUGAACAGACCAGAAGUGUUGUGGAGGGUGUCCAGAACCUGGUGGACGGCAUCGGCCACAACAUCAGCAGCUUCUCCAAGGCGUUCCCAGUGCAGAGCUUUCUGUCCAACUUCACCAUCUACAUCAGCCACGCUCACGCUAAGAUUGAGGACCACUACCCUGAAAUUGACAAAAUGGACUUCUACAGGUGGAUCGGCUGCAUCGCUCUGUGCUGCAUGGUGGUCCUGGUCCUGGCCUUCAACUACCUCGGCCUGCUGUGCGGCACCCUGGGAUACGACAAGCACGCCUCGCCCACGACGCGCGGCUGCAUCUCCAAUACGGGAGGAACGAUGCUCAUGGCCGGCGUCGGGUUCAGCUUCAUCUUCUCCUGGGUGCUGAUGGGGGUGGUGACCACCAUGUUCCUGGCUGGAGGGAACAUCGAGAAGCUUGUCUGUGAACCUUUCCACACCAAAGAGCUCUUCAAGGUCGUGGACGCCCCGUAUCUGGUCAACCCGGAGUGGAGGAACUUCCUCCCAGGAUACAUGUACAACGACUCAGAGCUGGAGCUGACGGCAGAGAGUUUAUACAGCACGUGCAAAGAGAACAAAGGCAUCUACUUGGCCAUGCGUCUGGACAAAGUCUUCAACAUCUCCACUUUCCUGAACACGACAAUGUUCACUAAGGACGUGGUGAGUCAGCUGGAGAGCGUCAGGAUCGACCUGAGAGGAAUAAUCCUGUUAGAGGCGGAGGGGAAGCAGAACCUCCUGGAUUUCUCUGAAGCAGGACUGUCAGAGAUCAACUACGCCGACUAUCUGGAAGAGGUGAAUAAAGGAGUGACCGUGGUCGACCUGCUCUCGUUCGCCAGAGACCUGGAGGCUCAGACAGACCUCAUGCCCAGAGGCGCUCUGCAGACGGCUCUGAAGGGCCACAGCGGCACACUGCGACAGAUCCACACUCAGCAGAUCACCCCCAUGGAGCAGGCCAUGAAAUAUGUUAGAGCGAGGAGUGCGUUGAACCAGAGCAUGAGGUUCCUGGAGAGAACAGCCUCAGAUCUACCGAACAAAGUCUUGGAGGUUCUCGACGCCAUCGCAGCUGCGCAACAUCUCAUCUCCCAGAAUGCCACACAGUUAAUCAAUCGGGAAACAGGAAAAUACACAGCGACCAUCGUUGGCUACUUCCAUCAGUACAUAGAAUGGGUCAAAACGUCUCUGGCCAUGGAGGUGGCCCCCUGCAAACCCUUCAGCAACAUGGUGGACACCGCAGAAAUCAUAGCUUGUAGUUUCUUGGUGGACUCUAUGAACACUUUCUGGAUGGGCCUGGGCUGCAGCACUCUGUUCCUGCUGCCGAGCAUCAUCCUGGCUGUGAAACUGGCCAAGUUCUAUCGCAGGAUGGACACAGAGGACGUUUACGACGACAUUGAGACAAUUCCCAUGAAAACCAUCCCAACCUAUGACACUAUGAACAGGUUCCCGCGGGCCUCGGCUCCUCCGAGGCACAUCGACUGGUGACAGAGAGCCGACUCUCGUUCAGUGCCCUCGAAAACUGGAACU